UAUUGUAAUCUUUGAACCAUAGAUAAUUUCCCACUGUAUUAUUUUUCUCUUUGGAUGUACCAGCUAGUCUUUGAACAAAAUCGUCAAAAUAGUUUUGUAAUACUUACUCAAUGUUUUUAUAAUAAUUAUUUGUUUUAACAAUGUUAGAAGACGUUAAACGCGUUAUCCUAGUACUCUCAGGUAAAGGUGGAGUAGGGAAAUCAACAGUUAGUACACAAUUAGCUUUAACUCUUAAAGAAAAAGGUUUCAAGGUUGGUCUAUUAGAUGUCGAUUUAUGUGGACCGAGUGUUCCCUACCUUUUGAAUCUAGAGAACCAAAGUGUACACCAAGGGCCUGAUGGUUGGAUACCAGUGUACAUGGAUAAAGAACAGAAAUUAGCUGUUAUGUCCAUUGGUUUUCUACUUAGUUCACGUAAUGAAGCUGUAGUUUGGAGAGGACCUAAGAAAACAUCAAUGAUCAAGCAGUUCUUGGAAGAUGUGUGCUGGCAAGACUUAGAUUUUCUAGUGAUUGAUACUCCUCCAGGAACAUCAGAUGAACACAUAACAGUGAUGGAAAACCUACGUCAAGUACCACAAUGCUCAGCUAUUUUGGUAACUACCCCGCAACAAGUUGCUAUUGAAGAUGUCAGAAAAGAAAUCACAUUCUGCAGGAAAACAGGCAUCUCAAUACAUGGCAUCAUUGAGAAUAUGAGUGGGUUCGAGUGCCCCACAUGCAGUGAAUGCACAAAUAUAUUUUCCAGUGGUGGUGGUAAGUCACUAGCAGAAUAUGCUAAAAUAUCUUAUCUAGGCAGUAUACCUAUAGAUCCGAGAGUUGGUAAACUAGCUGGGGAAGGCAAAGCGGCAGUGAAAGAAAUACCAGAUUCUAAAACGAGUAAGGUUUUCAGUGAACUGGUCACUCAAUUGACCGAAUCCUCUAGAAAUGGUGGUAUGCAGUGAUGAUAUUUCUACAUAAAUUCAUUUCAUAAUGUGGCUAUAAUACAGUGGUAAUUGCAGAUAUUUAUUUAAAUGUAAGGAAACUGUUUGUAUAUAGAUUUAUUUUCAGUUCCAUAUAAGGUUUAUUGCCUUGUAUUAUAAAAUACUAUACUUUUAAAGUAAGAUUAAUAUUUUUGAAUAACAAUUAAUUAUGAAUAAUAAUCAUUCCUAAAGUGUUAAUAAAAAAUUACAAAUAAUAAAUUUUAAUUCAUUUAUUACACAGUCCUCAUGUGUUAUUAUAUCUAAAAUACAUCCAUACAAAAUUACAAUAUAUAAUAAAAAUAUGAGAAUUUAUAUGACACACUGAUAUAUAUCAUAAACAUUAUCAAAGUUCUAGACACAAAGUUCUCUACCAAAAUAUGUAAAUGUGCAAGUCAAUAAUAAUAACUACCUCAUAGACAUUGGUGCCAAUUCAGUUGUAAAACUCCUAACUGAAAAAGUAUAAUUUUUUAUGUGUUUUCAUAUUAUUUAGUUGUAGGGUUCAUGAUUAUUAAGAUAUUUUUUUUUUAUUAUCAUGACAAUAUCCAAUAAAUAUCUGAUAAUUAUCCAUAGUUACUGGCAACAAUUUCUUUAAAUACACAAAGGCAUUUGUCAUUUUAAAUUUAAAAAAUAUACAAACAAAAAAUUUUUUGUUAAAUCACAUUGAACAAAAAGAGAAAUAAAGUAUAUUUUAAUAAAAAGGGGGCUUGACGGACACGUUUUCAUACCCUAUUAACUUAAAAUAUCAAAUAUUACCAGUACUCAUUAUACAUGCGUCAUAAAAUAAUUUAUUCCGACUUUUAGACUCUGAAAAAAAAACCUUAAUAAUCAACAGAAUUUGGCAACAGCUUAACUACUUAAAAAUACUUAAAUUGACUAAACAACUAACACUGAACACCUCUUAACAUAGUGUCAAAACAAUUACAGACAUCAAUAUAGAAUUAUUUAAAAAUUCGAGUCAAAAUACCCUGUUGGUAACUCUCAGUUUUGUUAUAAAGAAAAGUAUAUAUAUAUAUAUAAAUAUACGUACAUUGACUUCAGUUUAAUAAAGUAUUUUAUCUAAUAAGAAUACUUCGUCAUCUUAAAGAUUCUCUCAUAUAAAUAGUAACUAUUAAAAAAAUCAAAAAUAUAAGCCGCUAGAUGCGGUGGUCAUGUCAGCUGCAAUCUUUUUUUCUCUGUUAAAAUAAUUUGUCAUGUGAAAAUAAUCUGUCUUUUAAUUUCUGUUAUCCGUUUCUCAAGUUAAUUCCUAAUUAUUUAACUGUCUAAACA